GGAAAUGAUUGGUUGGCAUUGGCAACGUUUUAGCUAAAUUUAGCGUCGUAUACAGCAUAAAGAAAUCUAAAAUAAAUAGUUUUUAAAGUUGAGAACUUUGAAACCACUGACUUCUUCCAAGGCACUCACCAUAGAGCAGUGAGUAGAGAGCAGGACCGUGAACAGAAUGACAAGCUCAUCUGCUCCCAGGAUGGUGAAUAGUUACAAGCGGACUUCAAGCCCCAGAUCACCUACCAACUGUGGGGAGCUCUUCACCCCAGCACAUGAGGAAAAUGUCCGUUUUAUCCAUGAUACCUGGCAGUUUGUGCUCAGAGAAAUUCGAUCAACCCAAAACACAGAGCGUAAUGACCGUGGACCACAGGAAUAUGUUGAGAAGAAUCCAAAUCCUAACCUACACUCUUUCAUACCAGUGGACCUGACUGACCUCAAGAAACGUAACACACAGGACUCAAAGAAGUCUUAGUCCUCAAGAUGGUCCAUGCACUUUUUUCAACCCAUCAUCAUUCAGAACUUUUCCUCUGACAGUCAGCCCUAUUUGCCAGUCUGCGCCAGAAUGCCAAACAAUUCUCUGUGAACUUUGAACCACAGCAAGCCCAUGUUUUUCUUUACACCCUACAAGGGAUGAAGAAGAUCUUUACAUUAGAAAUAUCUGUCAUGAAUCAUGUUGAAGGCCACAAAAUCCUCCUAAUGUAUGAAAAGGACUGAUAAAAACCUCCAGUAGAUGUUGUUGGCAUCUGAUGCUGAGGUACAAACUGUUCCACCGGACACAAAAGACUGCAGUUUACUAUUACGUACCAGGAAAAAUGACAAAGGGCUUUUCUGUUUUGUUGUUUGUUUUGUAAAAAGGUAGUUGGCAAGAUGAAGUGUAGCAUUAAUGAUGACACAUUGGAUGCACACUUGAUGAGCAUAUUUUUAAAAGCAAAAUGCAAAGACAAUGUUCGUAGAAGAAUAGUUUUCCCUAAAAACUGGCUUUACUAAGAAAGCUCCCAAAGUAUUCUACCCCGUUGAUUAACACCUCUUCCCAAAAUGUUGAAUAAACUACUUUUACACUACACCUUCUUGUAUUCAUCCACCACGGAUAUUGACCAGUUGUCUACAAGUAAUUUGUAGUUUACUAGUCUUAAUAUCCCAGGUCAGAUUACAACAGAAUAAAUUGUAUAUUCCUAACAAGAAUUUGCUGUUACCUAUAGAAACAGUCAGUGAAUGCUGAAAAAGUCUGUCACCUAAAUGCAAAACAAAUGAAGUGACAAUGCUGUUGUAAACAUGUCACUACAGCAUGCAGUAGCAAAACCCAGAUACCAUGCAAAUACACCCCCCCCCCCCCCCCCCCCCAACACACACACGCACACACACCCUUGGGUCAAUUAACAGAAAAGGAAAUAAAACACAUCAAUCUGUAUGCUUUUUGCAAAUGCUUGAGGCUAUGCCAUGGAAUCAAUGCUGUUUUAUUGUUUUUAUGUCCAUGACGCUGCCAAUGAUCUUGCAGAAAACGUCCAAUAAAGUCUAAUAUUUAUGUUCAAAAGUAUUAUGUUGCCCAUUCUGAAUGUUGUUGUUUUUUUACCAAGUCUGUUGACCAAUGUUACUGCUGUUAUCGCUCAGGCCUUGUUCAAUUUUACUACCUUUUCAGCUCGUUAGUGGCCAUUUUUGUCCGUGUACAAAC